AUGGCUGGGCCUCUGUGGAGAGCUGCAGCCUUUAUACAGAGACACAGGACAGGACUGUUGGUAGGUUCCUGUGUGGGCCUGUUUGGGGUUCAAAUCUCAUUUCACCUCUUCUCUAAUACCAUAGUCGAAUGGCUCUACCAGUACUGGCCUCAGGGCCAGCCAGCUCCUCUUUCCCCUCAGCUACAGAGCCUCUUCCAGGAGGUGCUGCAGGACAUGGGUGUCCCCUCAGGUCAUUGCUACAAGCCUUUCACUGCCUUUACUUUUCAGCCUGUGAGUGGUGGCUUCCCAAGACUUCCUUCUGGGGCUGUGGUGGGAAUCCCUGCCAUCUACCUGGGUGGCCCUGUGACCACCAUCAACCAUACUUUGAUCAUACAUGGGCAGAGGGUCAACUGGCAAAGCCCAGAAGGCGCUAGGCUGAGAGAUGCCCUGACCCUGUCUCACAAUGCUCAGAAGUUUGCUUUAGCCAAGGAGGUUGUAUACCUGGAGAGCAAUAUGGCUGCCCUACAGAUCCUGCCAGUCCCAGUUUGCCUUGCAGGAACCUGGGUACUGAGUGUGGGUGCCAAGCAUGCUCUGGGGCUCUAUGGAGGCCCCGUAGGCUUUCGAGUUGCCUUUAACUUGGUGGCAAUAGUGGCUGGCUUUGUGGCCUACACCUUUUUCAAGGACUCCCUGGCUGUUGCCCUGGAAGGCUGGCUGGACCGCCGCACAGCCUCUCUGUCUGCAGCCUAUGCCCAUGGUGGAGUGGAAUUCUAUGAGAAGAUACUGUCACGCAACCUAGCCCUCCGAAGUCUUUUGGGCAGACAAGGGGAGAAGCUGUACACACCAAGUGGAAACAUUAUCCCCAGACACUGGUUCCGCAUCAAACAUUUACCCUACACCGCCCGCCGGGACUCUCUACUACAGAUGUGGAGGGCGACACUCAACCCAGGGCGCUCCUGA